AUGUACGAUAGGUAUGGUAUUCGUAACAGGCUGGAACGUAGCGUUGAUGAUAAUGGGUGUAGAGUUGAUGGUCACGUGCGGGAAUCAAUAACGGACAAGGGAAAUCUUGGAAUACGUUCAUUGGCUAAUUCAUCUCCGCCACCUGCAAUCGCCGUGCGUAUCAUCACUACUACCAGGCAUGCAUCACCGUCCGACUCCCUUCUGAAUCCUUCGAUUGAUACGGCGAUGCCACGCUACGUGAGCGAUGAUGAUGAGCCCCUUGAGGAUAACACUGCAAGACUUACAAUCAGAAACAAGCGCACAGAACGUCUGAAACGAAAGGAAACCACGCGACAACGGAAGCGAGAGGCCAUCAUCAACCUCGCCAAGCUUCCCACGGAACUGAUUCUUGAAAGCCUCGAAUAUCUGCUUCCAAGCGAUGUUCUGAGCUUUGGCGCGGUGAACCGCCGCUUUCGUGAUCUUGUUCAUGCCAAUGCCACCAUCCUUGGUGAUGCCAUCAUCAGACUGCGCUACCCCAUUCUCGUCCAGUGCUUUCCAACACCGAGGCUUUUGUCAGAAGUUGAGCCAGACAUCCAGAAGCUGCUUAUCAAUCCCGAUCGGCAGAAACAAUUGAGUAUACAUAACCGACCCUAUCAGCAUAUCCAGUCGCCUGAUCCCCAUCAACUUUGCACCUGUCUCACGUGUAUUCUCACAUGGAACAAUCUCGGGCUCGUUCUGGAUUUUGCACAUUGGCGCUCUCAUCUAGACAGCGGAACUCCGAUUCCAAUCGUACCCAGGGGUCAGAAAGAGGCGUGGAAUGAUGAGUUGGUGGCCCGAAACGCCCGUAUUGCCAGGAAAGCUGUGGAGAACUCUUUGUGGCACGCAAACAUUCUGGAGCAGCACCUCGAAAGUACCACACACGCUAUUCGGCGCCACGGAAAGAACAAAGGCAACAAGCGGGUUCACGUCGCCAUGACAGAUGCAGACGUUGCCUCUGGUGCGGAUGGCUUCCUUUCAAAGCACGGGCCUUUGAGCCUGGAGUUCCCCUAUCAGCGUGAUGAGUAUUAUAUGCUGGAAGCAUAUCUACCCAACCGCUGGUGGAGAAAGAACGAGAACCGAUGGAUCUAUACUAUUGAUGGCCAGCAUCAGCGCGAUCUAGAACUUGUCCAACGCCUCGCCAAAAGGUGA